AUGAUCUUCUCCCCUCUCGCCGCUCUCGCGGUGGUUGGCCUUGUGGCCGCCCAUCCUGGAGCAGACCACCAUCAGGAGCUUCGCGAACGCAGCGACUUUCUCUCGAAGGUUGAGCGUAGAGAUUUGAGCCAUUGCGCUGAGUACCGUGCUGCUCGUGGUAUUGAGAAGCGAGCCAUCGCACGCCGCAAGCAAACCAGAUCUCUCAAGUCUAAGCGCGGCCUUGUUGAGCGUGCUCCUGAGGAUAUCAACAAGUCCCACCACUCUUCUGCUGACUAUACCGCCAACACGCCUCUUGAUGUUAUAUUUGGUAGCAACACCUCAUGUGUUCUCAGCCCUGAAGUGACUGAGGGCCCUUACUAUGUUGCUGGUGAAUACGUUCGACAGGACAUUACUGACAACGAGCCCGGCGUGCCCCUCAUCGUCGACCUCGAUGUCUUUGAUGUGGAGACUUGUGAACCUAUCCCUGAUCUCUACGUUGAGAUUUGGAGCUGCAACUCUACCGGGGUGUACUCCGGUGUCCCCAGCGGCGGGGACUACACCGAAGCCCCUGAAAAUCUCAAGACAACUUUCCUCCGUGGCUUCCAGAAGACUGAUGACAUUGGUGCUGUUCAAUUCGACAGCGUCUACCCCGGGCACUACUCGGGACGCACACAUCACAUUCACGUUAUGGUCCACCCUAACGCCACUGCUAGAUCCAACGGCACCAUCGUUGAUACCAUCUCUAGCCACGUCGGCCAGGUCUAUUUUGACCAGGAACUUAGCAACGCUGUUGAGGAACUUGCUCCCUACAACACCAACACCCAGUCCCUCACCCUCAACGCUGAUGACUUCCUCCUUGCCUCGGGGCUUGAGACUAGCGACCCAUUCCUCAACUAUGUCUUGCUCGGCGAGGAUGUCUCGGAAGGUGUUCUUGCUUGGAUUAGCUUCGGUAUCAACUCCACCUAUGUCAGGACUGUGAGUGCUGCUGCUACCUAUUACGAGGGUGGUGGUGUUUCCAACGGUGACGGCAGUGGUGGCGGUCCUGGCGGCCCAGGUGGCCCUGGCGGUCCAUCUGGAACUCCCUCAGGCACCCUCCUCCCACCCUCCGGAACUCCUUCGGUGUAA